GGAAGGGUAAACCGCUUUCGUCUGAUUUGUAUCGCCAUGUGGCCUGGUACACAAGCAAGUCCCGAAAUUUCCAUUUUCCCAAACUGCCCACCCAUUUCGCGCGCAGCGCGCCCAUCAUACUUUCCGCUUCCCGUCCUCCCUUCUUAUUAAUCUACACUCCUUCGUAAUCGUUCUCUUCUAUUCUAUAAUUCAAGCACUUACAACCUCCCCGCCUUUGUAUUAUCGAUACUUCCUGCUGCAUUAGCUCCCCUCCUUCGAUAUCCUCCACCACCGCGACGACUUGCUUCCCGAGCUUUCCACCCCUUCACAGAUGCGCUUCACGAAGCGCGAUACACCUUCAGCCAGGCCAACAUGUGGCGGCGCACAUAUCUUUUCCUAGUCCUUGUGCGACUCUACUUUGCUUUGUCGCCUAGCUAUCUGCACCCUGACGAAAAUUUCCAAGGCCCCGAGGUCAUCGCCGGUCAGAUUUUCAGCUACCCAGUUCGGCACACAUGGGAAUUCACGAGCGAGAGACCGAUCCGAAGCGUAUUUCCGCUAUGGCCGGUAUACGGUCUCCCGAUGCUAUUGCUAAGGUGGUUGUGGAUCGGAAAUGGACAUGACGGAGAGAUUCCCCCGAUCGCUGUCUUCUGGGCGCUCCGAGUUUUGAUGUUUGUUCUUAGCUUUGUGCUUGAGGACUGGGCUAUUCACGAGCUCAUUCCUUCACCAAGGCAAAGGAGAACGGCUGUCAUGCUCGUUGCAUCGUCCUACGUCACUUGGACGUACCAGACACAUACAUUUUCCAACGCGAUCGAGACCUUGGCUGUCGCGUGGAGCCUGGUACUCAUCGAGCGCAUCGUCGCAAGUCCACCGCAACGCGACUCACUCAUGGCCUCUGUGGUGCUUGGUAUCAUCUGCGUGUUUGGUGUGUUCAACAGAAUCACCUUUCCUGCGUUCUUAUUGGUACCUGGGAUUCGCCUUGUACCGUAUUUCCAACAAAGGCCCUUAUCAUUUGUGGUACUUGUUCUGUCGGGACUUGUGACUGCAUUGGUGGCAGUAGUCGUCGACACUGCAUUCUACACCCGAACGGUUUCGUGGACAGACAUUGUCUCCAAUCCUGUCAUCACACCCCUCAACAACCUCUUAUAUAACAUUUCGACCGAGAACCUGGCGCAGCAUGGACUUCAUCCAUGGUAUCAACAUAUGCUGGCCAAUCUACCUCUCCUUAUUGGCCCUGGAGCUCUUUUGCUGGUGCUCAAUGCUAGGUCUACACAACGACUUUACUCAGCUCUCUCUGGAAUAUUUGUGCUCUCUAUAUUUCAACACCAAGAAGCAAGGUUUCUCUUACCCACGGUGCCGCUGAUACUGUCCUCAGUGCGCCUACCAAAGAACCCAACCAUGCGACAGUUGUGGGUGACUUCAUGGAUAAUAUUCAACGUCGCACUAGGUGUCCUAAUGGGUGUCUACCAUCAGGGUGGGAUUAUCCCAGGACAAGUCUUCUUGAGCAAGCAGCCAGAUGUCACGCAAGCUAUAUGGUGGAAAACAUAUACGCCACCAAUUUGGCUGUUGAACGGAAAAAACGAAGUACUUGAGACCAGGGACGUCAUGGGAAUGAAGGGCGAGGAUGUGUACGCCCAACUGGAGCAGCUUGCAACAUGCGACACGCCAGCAGACAGGAGAAGUUUAGAGUACCUGAAGGAGAAAAACGGCACUUAUCUGAUUGCGCCACUUUCUACCACAUGGCUGGACCAGUAUUUGCCCAACAAGGGACUCGAAGGGUUGAGGUUUCGGGAGGUGUGGCGUCAUAGACAACACUUCAACCUAGAUGAUUUGGAUUGGGCAGAGGACGGAGUGUGGGGGACGCUUAGUCGCUUAAUUGGGAGACGAGGAUUGGCAGCUUGGAGGAUAACCAAGAGUUGCCCAGGCCAAAAGGGGGCGUGAAAAGUUGACAGCUUAAUAUUUGCGAAUUAUAUUUCACUUUUUUUCUCGAACAAUAAUCAGUAUAGUGCUAUCGCACGAAGUAUAUAUGGCCUAUGGUCUUGGUUCCUUCGGGCCCAGCCAGUCCUUUGAUACUUGGUAAU